AUGGAGGAGGUAUACGUCUUCGGCGAUCAGACCGCUGACUGCCGGGCGUUCUUCGCCAAGGUCUUCUCCAGGAAGGACGACGUCCUGCUACAGGCGUUCCUGGAAAGAGCUGGCGACGCCGUCAGAUUCGAAAACAAAUACCGAUCCCAUCCUUCAAAAGCAGUACCUAAUUUCUCAACAAUUCAAGAGUUAGUCGAUCGUUACUACAGGGGCGAGGCAAAGGACGCCGCCGUGGAAAGCGCCCUCGUUUGUAUUUCACAGUUCGCUCAUUUCUUUGGUGCUUUCGAGGAGCGGACGCCUUCAUACAUUCCACCUAAUACAGAUGCACGAUUAGUCGGUCUUUGCACCGGUUUAAUAGCCGCUACUGCGGUCGCCUCCUCAGAUUCUCUUACAGCCCUUCUACCUCUUGCAGUCGAAUCUGUUCGGCUUGCCUUUAGAGCCGGUGCACACGUCGGCAAGGUCGCAGAGCAGAUUGAGACCGACACCAAAGCCCAGUCAUGGUCGACCAUCGUGGCUGCGGACGAGAAGUCAGCGCAGGCUGCUCUCGACGCGUUUCAUAAAGAGAAGGGCACCGCACCCACGAGCAAGCUGUGGAUCAGUGCGUCUUCGGCGACGUCAAUCACCAUCUCCGGCCCCCCCGCCACAAAGGCUGCUCUUUUCGAGCACUCUGAGUUCUUCCAGUCUCACAAGAAUGCUUCAGUCUCGAUAUACGCCCCUUACCACGCAGCACACCUACAUUCCCAAGCCGACAUCGAAAAGAUCCUCCGACCACAGACGAAGGAUAUCUUCAGCAAUGCCACGGUCAGGUACCCUGUCUGCUCCAGCGUGACUGGGAAACCAAUCUCGGCGAAGAAUGGCUAUGAAUUGCUUCAAGAAGCACUCAAGGAGAUCAUCAUCGAGCCUCUACGAUGGGACAAGGUCUUGAAAUACUGUGCGUCUGGCAAAGCCGAGCAAGCCAAGGUCUUCGCUGUUGGCCCGACGAAUCUCGCUAGCAGCGUCGUUUCAGCCCUCAAGGCCAACACAUCCAAAGUGACACUGGAAGAUCAAUCGCAUUGGUCGACCGUUGCGCCAGCCGGCACGCAGCAUUCGAAGAGAGAAGCAGACAUUGCCAUUGUCGGCUUCUCUGGCCGCUUCCCAGAUGCCGCUGAUAACGAGCUCUUUUGGCAGUUGCUGGAAAAGGGUCUGGAUGUCCACCGACCAGUUCCCCCGGACAGGUUCCCGGUCGAUUCACACACUGAUCCCACAUCCAAGAAGAAGAAUACUUCUCACACGCCCUUCGGCAACUUCAUUGAAAGGCCUGGUCUUUUCGACGCCAGAUUCUUCAACAUGUCGCCGCGAGAGGCAGCACAAACUGACCCCAUGCAGAGACUGGUGUUGGCCACCAGCUACGAAGCCAUGGAAAUGGGUGGUAUCGUACCCGGCAGAACACCCUCCACCAAGCACGACAGAAUUGGCACAUUCUACGGCCAGACGUCUGACGACUGGCGUGAGGUCAAUGCCGCCCAGGACAUCGACACGUACUUCAUUUCCGGUGGCGUGCGUGCAUUUGGACCGGGUCGUAUUAACUACUUUUUCAAAUUCUCCGGCCCGAGUUUCUCAGUGGAUACGGCUUGCUCAUCCAGCUUUGCUGCCAUGAACGUCGCCAUCACCUCUCUCCGAGCGAAUGAGUGCGACACUGCUUUCACUGGUGGCGCCAACGUUCUCACAAACUCCGACAUUUUCUCCGGCCUUAGCAGAGGUCACUUUUUGUCAAGGACCGGAUCAUGCAAGACGUGGGACAACGAUGCCGAUGGCUACUGCAGAGGUGAUGGUGUCUGCACUGUCAUCAUGAAGCGCCUGGACGAUGCUCUCGCCGAUCGUGAUCCGAUCUUGGGCGUUAUUCGAGGCAUUGGUACCAACCACUCCGCGGAGGCCGUCUCCAUCACUCACCCGUGCGCGGAGAACCAGUCUUUCUUGUUCGACAAGGUCCUCAAAGAGUGCAACGUACCCUGCAACGAUGUCAACUACGUCGAAAUGCACGGAACUGGCACUCAAGCUGGUGAUGGUAUCGAGAUGGAGUCAGUGUCUUCAGUGUUUGCACCCCGCCAAAACCGCAGACGUGCUGACCAGCCACUGUACGUCGGUGCCGUCAAGUCCAACAUUGGUCAUGGUGAGGCAGUGUCCGGCGUUUCUGCCCUCAUCAAGGUGCUAUUGAUGCUCCAAAAGAGCAAGAUCCCUCCACACACGGGUAUCAAGAACCAGAUCAACAAAAAUUUCGCACCAGACUUGAAGGAACGCAAUGUCAACAUCGCCUUCCAGACCACACCGUUCCCCAGACCAGCCGGUGGCAAGAGGACUGUGUUCAUCAACAACUUUAGUGCAGCUGGUGGUAACACAGCAAUGCUCUUGCAGGAUGGGCCCGAGGUACCAAAGGAGCCGACUGCGGAUCCUCGGUCGACGCAGGUGGUGACGGUGUCGGCCAAGUCGUUGGCAGCAUUCAAGAGGACGCUCACGCGGUAUGAGGAGUACCUCAACAAGAACCCAAAUGUUGGCCUCCCUGACCUCGCCUACACCUUGACGGCUCGCCGAGCCCAUUACAACUACCGUGCGGCCUUCCCUGUGCAGUCCGUCUCUCAGUUGCAGGCAGCGUUGAAAGCCAUCCAGGAUCAGACACACAAUCCCAUUCCCCUGGCUUCCCCCCAGAUCGCAAUGGCAUUCACAGGGCAAGGUUCUCAAUACACCGGCAUGGGUCAGAAGUUGUUCGAAACUUCUCGACAAUUCCGUGGUGAUAUUGAGGAAUUCAAUGAGAUCGCUUUGCGACAGGGACUACCGUCCAUCAUGCCUCUGAUCGACGGUUCCACCGAGGUCCAGCACUUGCCUCCUACCGUUGUUCAGCUUGGUAUGUGCUGCAUUCAAAUGGCUUUGACUCGCCUCUGGGCGACUUGGGGUAUCACGCCCAGCGUCGUCAUCGGCCACUCCCUAGGCGAGUACGCUGCUCUCCAAGCAGCGGGUGUUUUGUCUAUUGCUGAUACGAUCUACUUGGUCGGCAAGCGCGCACAGCUUCUCGAGCAGAAGUGUACUGCUGGGACUCACGCCAUGCUUGCUGUCAGAUCUCCAGUCGCUGGUCUCCAAGAUGUGGUUGCUAACAGCGAAGGCAAGAUUGAGAUUGCCUGCAUCAAUGGUGUCUCGGACACUGUCCUCUCGGGCACAAUGGGCGAUAUCGAUACGGUGGCGCAGAAACUCGCCGACGCCGGUCAAAAAUGCACCAAGCUCAAGUUGCCUUUCGCUUUCCACUCUUCCCAGGUUGAUCCCAUCCUUGCCGACUUCGAGAAGCUGGCCUCUUCCGUCAAGUACAACCCUCCACGGGUUCCUGUCAUUUCGCCUCUCCUCAGCGACAUUGUCAGCGUUGGUGGUGUCUUCGAUGCUUUCUAUCUCAGCCGACACUGCCGUAAGACUGUCGACUUCGUGGGUGGUCUGUCUGCGGGCAUGUCUACCGCCACCAUCAGCGACACCUCCCUCUGGUUGGAAGUGGGUGGUCAUCCUCUGUGCGCCAGCAUGAUCAAGUCGUGCUUGUCUGCGCCCACUCUCCCAACAAUGCGUCGGGAUGAAGAUCCGUGGAAGAUAAUAUCGACGUCGAUGGCUGGCCUCUACACGGCUGGUAAGACUCUGAACUGGGACGCCUUCCACAAGGAGAACGAGUCUCUUCGCGUUCUGAACGACAUGCCGUUCUACGGCUACGACGAGAAGAACUACUGGCUUCAAUACACCGGCGACUGGCUAUUGUACAAGGGCGAUUACCCCAAGGCCAUCGCUCCUGCUGCUGCCGCACCCUCAGCCCCUGCUGGACCCGCAAAGGCCAGGAAAUACCUGUCGACAGCCGUUCAAGGAAUCGUUUCUGAAGAGGUGAAAGGCAAGGUCGCCACAAUCAUCGCGGAGUCUGAUUUCGCCCAUCCCAAGCUGUUCCCCGUUGUCGCCGGCCACUUGGUGAAUGGCAGCGGUCUCUGCCCGUCGACCUUGUACGCUGACAUGGCCUACACCCUGUGCAACUAUGGCGUCAACUUGAUCAAGCCUGGCGAGAAAGUCGACAUCAACAUUGGAACAAUGGAUAACCCGGCUCCUCUCCUCCUGAAGAACAUCAACCAUCCAGAGAGCCAGAUUGUUCGAAUGACCAUGAAAGUUGAUCUUGACGGUCGCAAGGCAGACUUCACCGUCACGACCAACAACGGCAGGAAGGACGUUGUUCACGCCAAGUGUGUCCUUCGAUUCGAAGAUGCGGCUGCGUGGAAGGCAGAAUGGAACAAGGUGUCCUACCUCGUACAAUCGCGAAUCGACAUGCUGAAGCACAAGAUGGAGAAUGGUGAAGCCGACAAGGUCAGCCGAUCGAUGGCAUACAAGCUCUUUGGCGCCCUGGUCGACUACUCCGAUAUCUUCCAAGGCAUGCAGAGUGUCGUUUUCGACGGACCAGAAUUCGAGGCUACCAGCAACAUCAAGUUCCGUGCGGGUCCCAACGACGGCGACUUCUACUUCAGCCCUUACCACAUCGACGGCGCGUGCCACUUGUCGGGUUUCACUGUAAAUGCCACCGUCAACCCCAUGGAUGAGUGCUUCAUCUCGCACGGAUGGGGUAGCUUGAAAUUCCUUGCACCUCUUGAGCACGAUAAGCAGUACUUUGCCUACGUCAAGAUGCAGCCUGUCGCUGGCAGCAAGAUGCGUGUUGGCGAUGUCUACGUGUUCAACUCCCAGAAAGAGGUUGUCGGCGUUUGUGGCGCUGUGCGCUUCCAGUGCAUUCCUCGCAAGCUGAUGGACGUCAUGAUGCCAAAGCCCAAGGUCGCUGCUGGGGCUAAAGCGGCUGCUUCAGUCCCAACGCCUGCUCCCGUCAAAGCUUCAACUCCUGUCCAGGCCGCUCCCCAGAUCGAAGUGCCUGCUCCCAAGGUCAAGGCCAAGAAGCCGGUCAAGGCACCCAAGAUGAAGGCUCCUGCAGCCCCCAAAGCUGCUCCUUCAUCCGGCAGUCUUGUUGUCCGUGCGUUCGAUAUUAUCGCCAAGGAGAUUGACGUCGACCAGUCUGAACUCAACGACGACAUCCAGUGGGCCGAUAUGGGCGUCGACAGCUUGAUGUCUCUGACCAUCUCUGGCAAAUUCCGCGAGGAUCUUGAUCUCGAGGUGGAAAGCACACUCUUCACCGACUACUCCUCGGUUGGUGCUCUUCGCAAGCACCUCGGUGGUAUGUCCGCUCCAGAGCCAGUCUCCGCUGGCGACGCCAGCUCCGUCGAAUCAACCGACUCGGGCUCGGAAAGUGACGACGAAACCGUCGAGUCUGGGAUCACCACACCCGACACGGAGGACUUCCCGGCCAAGACCCAGGGCCCGACGAAAUCUGCUGCCGUGGAAGCUGUCGCCCAAGCCCCUUCUGCUGCCGCAGGAGGUGACAUGAUCGAGACCAUUCGCCAGGUCAUUGCACAGGAGAUGGAGAUGGACCUUGAGGAAAUCACCGAGACUACUGAUCUCAGCAACCUCGGCAUGGAUUCUCUCAUGGCCCUUACUGUCCUGGGGAAGCUUCGUGAAGACCAUGAGAUCGACUUGGACCCAACGAUCUUGGCCGACAAUCCGUCGCUCGGCCACCUUCGGAAAGCUCUUGGCUUAGACAAGCCGAAGCCGGCACCUCCCACCGCUCAGAAGCACGAAGUCGUCACCAACGUCGUCGUUGCCCCGGCUGCCCCUCCUGUUGAAGUUGUCGUCCAAAUGCCCCCGGCCACCUCUGUCCUGUUACAGGGCAACCCGAAGACGGCCACCAAGAACCUCUUCCUGUUCCCUGAUGGCUCCGGAUCAGCCACUUCUUACGUCUCCAUCCCCGCCAUUGACAGCAAGAACCUCGCGGUCUACGGCCUCAACUGUCCUUUCAUGAAGGACCCCACGAGCUACACGUGCGGCAUUGAAGGUGUGUCAAAGCUGUAUCUCGAGGAGGUCAUGCGCCGACAACCUGUUGGCCCCUACAUCCUUGGCGGUUGGUCCGCUGGUGGUGUCGUUGCCUACGAAGUCACCAGGCAGCUUGCAGACCUUCAGAAGCAGCACCCUGACCGGAACUACUCGGUCGAGAAAUUGAUCCUCAUCGACUCGCCGUGUCCGAUCAGACUCGAGCCCCUGCCUGCUCGUCUCCACCAUUUCUUUGACGAAAUAGGUCUGUUGGGUACCGGCACCGGCAAGACCCCCAACUGGCUGUUGCCCCACUUCGAGUACAGCAUCAAAGCACUGACUGCCUACCGUCCCGAGCUGAAAACCACGCACGACUUCAAGGCGCCUCCGACUCUGCUCAUCUGGGCAACCGAAGGUGUCUGCGGCAAGCCCGGCGACCCAAGACCACCACCACAGGCAGACGAUCCCAAGAGCAUGAAGUGGCUCCUGGAGAACCGAAACGACUUCGGGCCCAAUGGAUGGGACAAGCUCUUGGGCGAAGAAGUUUGUAAGAUGGUGACAGUGGUCGGCAACCACUUCACGAUGAUGAAGCCCCCAGUGGCUAAGGGCGUUGGCUCCUUCAUCCGCGAAGCUCUCUUGUCUUAG